AGAGAGAGAGAGAGAGAGAGAGAGAGAGAAACCAUCUUCAGCGCAGAUCCGCUCUCUUUCUGCGGUCGGAGACACAGUGUCCUUCAGCUUGAAGAGUUUCUCCGCGCUGUAAUGAGGCUCCGUGGCUCCGCGGAGCGGCGGAGGGAGACGGGAGAGACGGGGGAGGAGGCGCGGGGAGGCCGCGGAGGGGCUCCGGAGACCGAGAUGGCGGCGGGAGGAAUCACCACGCUCCCCGCUUUACCGGAGGACGGCGCCAGCGGAGGCUUUCCUCCGGUGAACUUCAAGGAGCCCAAGCGGCUGUACUGCAAGAACGGCGGCUUCUUCCUCCGGAUCCAUCCCGACGGUCGAGUGGACGGCAUCCGCGAGAAGAGCGACCCACACAUUCGGCUGCAGCUCCAGGCCACGGCCGUCGGUGAAGUGGUGAUCAAAGGGAUCUGCGCGAACCGUUACCUCGCCAUGAGCGCGGACGGACGACUGUUUGGAACGAGGAGAACAACAGAUGAAUGUUAUUUCCUGGAGAACCUGGAGUCGAAUAACUACAACACGUACCGAUCCCGGAAGUACCCCGACUGGUACGUGGCUCUGACGAGAACAGGCCAGUAUAAAUCGGGUUCGAAGACCAGCCCGGGCCAGAAGGCCAUCCUGUUUCUGCCCAUGUCAGCCAAGUGCUGAAGGAGAGAUGCUGUCAAACACAGAGCGAGAGCGACAGACCACUGACCACUGACUAACCAACCUUACGCCACGAUGAGCUCAUCCCGUCCGGAAAAAACGCUUCUAUCUAGGAACGCUUCCCAAACAGAUGCACUUGGAGAGCAUUACAGGGUUUAUUUGUUCGUGUUCAGUCAGAGAUACCAGCAAUAUCCUCAGAAGAGACUCCAAAUCCCUCCAGUACCAGCUCAGAUCCAACUUUCCUAAAUACUUUCUGAUUUCACUAUAUUCCCUCGAGCAAGGGCAGUAGGGUUGGUUCGGAGAGUUCACUGAUCUGCACUAAACCUGCACUGUUUCUCGCAGGAAUGUUUUUCGUUUGGCUACAAAAUGUGAGUUUACUUUAAUGCUGCUCCUUUAUGCAAAAAGCUCGUAUACGCAAUAUUUCUAUACUGUAAUUUAGAGAAAGAAAGGGAUUUGCUUUAAUGAAGGGAUUCAUAGUACAUCAUGAAUGUUUUUCGUAAAACUUUAUUCAUUGCUGCCUAAGAUUAACAGUAACAGUCUUUUUUUUUUUUUUUUUUUGAGGUAAUUUUGAGAAAUCAGAAACUGAAGAGUUUCUUUGAUUAAAAACUCAAAACCUCCAGGCAGAUUAUGUGAGGUAGCGUAUUAUAAAGUUCAGAAACUAAAACUGGUCCAUCUGCAACACACUCUUGGAAAUACAGGCUCUUCAGAGUUUUUAAAAAUACUCCAUUCAUUAUAGAACCUAAAAAAAAUUCUAAUGUGAAUCUCAUGAAGAAGUUAUGCAUAAAAUAAAGAAAAUUAUGAUAAUUUUUCAUAGUCAGGUUUUUCUUCUUAGCGUCAUUUAGAGAAAUGUCCAAUAAUUACAAAUACAUAUAUAUAUAUCAUUUUAUAUAAUGUAUUUUUUAUUAGAUUUUUUUGCAUGUCACAGUAAGUAACUUAUGCAAAAACUAGGCUUCAUUUUCAUUAUUCAAAACAUUUUGGUUUUGAUUUUUAGGUAAAAUAAGACCCAAAUAUUUCUAAGAUAUGUAUUUUAAAGAUAGUCUUCAUGAGAUUUAAAGCAUUUUCAGUUCUAAAUGUGACCUUUAUUUUGAAGAGUGCAUUGCAAAAAAAAACAAAAAAAGUAUUUUUGCCUUAUUUUCAAGUACAAAUACAGUAUCUGUAUUAUUUUUGUUGUUGUUUUUUAAUGGGUACAAUUUUUUUUUUUUUUUUUUAAUCAGGACACAUUGAGAGAUGCAGAAUAACCUUAAAUAUUAGGUUUUGUUUUCUGAAAAAAAUAUCAAAGUCAAGAGAGUUUGCUUAAAAAACAUUAAUUAUAAUAAAUAAUAAUAAUAAUGAAAAAAUCUUGUUUUUUCCCUUUUAAUAAAGUUUAUUUUUCUGACCCC